GCUUUUUCAGUAUUUAAAGCCACGAGAACUCGAGAGAGUGGGCAAUCCACUAGAUGGUCCAGGAUUCCCUCCCCUGGAAAAGGCACAAAGUAGACAGCAAAUAAUCCUCCUUGCGAGACAUGAAAAAGAGAAUAAAACAUCGAACCCUACUGGGAGAGGCAACUCUAACCCUAAGGUUAGCUUAUUCUAGUCCUUACACUGCCAUGGCAGAUUCAGCGAAUAACAGGAUGCAUUUAUUUAUUUUUCCUGAUCACAACGUAGGGGGUGUUUGGCACGUCAAGGUUCAUAAGGUAUUACCUUACAACCACAGUUUAUAAGGUAGGGCAUGUUUGGCUGCACAUGGUUUGUAAUAUAGAAGUUUUCUACAUUAUACACUGCAGUUUGGUGUACCCUACAGACCACGGUUUGGCAUACCUUACAGACUUUGAUCUGCCAAACCCCCCCGCAGUGCGAUCUGUAAUUAAAGUCCACUGCCCACUUGGCUUCUUCACCGAAUAUGAUUCGUUCACCAAGGAACAUUACUAUCAACACCUAUAACCCCCACCCAACAACGGGCACUUAGGUCUUUUACUUUGGCAAUAGAAAGGAGCGAGAGUUAUGAUAUUAUGACCCUUCAGGAUACAGCCCCAGCCUCCGACUUGUAAUAACAAUGGCUCAAUGGAGGGGCAAGAACAAAAAAGAGAGAGAAAAAAAAACUCCCACACCAUCACCAUAUCCGCGUCCUUCUUCCCAAAAAAAAACCCCAUCCAUCAGCCACCUCCCUCCUCCUUCUCUAUAAAUAACGGUAACUGCCAGGAGGACAAAUUCCGAUUGACAGCCCUUCCCUAAUCCUCACCAUAACAGGCAACUUUCCCUCCCUAAUCUUUAAUAUAUUAAUAAGCCUCUCUCAAAAACCUCCUGCCCCGCUUGUCCUUAAAACAUGGCCGGAGCUUACAGACCAUUUGACCGGGUUCACGCCCCGUUAGUGUCCCCACUGGAGGAUCUCAAUCCCGCAACUGCACAUCUGAAACCCGAAUGGGCAUCUUCUUUUCAGCGGUUGCAGGAGUGUUUUCUCUCUUCACUCUUUGAUGAAGGGAGGGACUACUCUGUUGGACCAUUUUCUGCCAAUAAUGCAAACCGUUAUCACCGGGACGAGUUAUUGGUUUUUAAUGUCUAUAAGUAGGUGCUUCCCCACUCUGUCCCCGAGUAACACCACCACUGUAAUUCCUUCUGCUGUGUCGUCUAGUGGGAACUUGAAGGGGAAGCUUAGAUAGUCCUGACGUCUAUUUAUACUUGGCUAACGCCUUUCUAUGUACCUUUCUUCAAUAUAGAACGUUACACCACUCAACCGCAUAUGGUUUAGGACCAAACCCAUGCUCGCCAUUCUACAUAUUCUAUUCAAGCAGACAUCCAGCGGACAGAAUGAUACAACGCGACGCUCCAGAUUCCUCCCCCGGCACGGCCAAAUUCAACAGCUUGAGCAAGAAGAUAUGGAAGAACAUAAAGGGCCUUGGAGGGCAGGCAAGCGGUUCCCGCGGUCUACCCGCCAAAAACUCCAAAGCCCGAGACUAUUCCAGCGAAUACAUGGGCCACGAAAAUAAAAAUUCUCCCCCUCGGCCAAACCUAAUACAAUCGUUCCUGGACCGCAAGGACUUCUCAACCAGGCAAUCUUCGACCGUAGCGUGCGUCCGUUUCUACGAGGAAUUCAUUGAGUGGCGUUUGAUCCCGCCCGUGACAGAGAAAUGUAGCAAGAGCGGAUCCGCUGUGUUUUCCAGCGGCGGUAGCAAGGGGAGAGAGGAGGAGGACGAGAAGCACAUAUACUUAGCACCGAUAGUCUGCCCUCUCCCUCGCUCAAAAACUCUCGACGACAGUGAUGGCUUCCAAAAUAGCUUUAAGAAGACGACAUCUAUAGGCAACCUGAAGCAGCGAGCUCGCGCGGGGUCGCAAGAAACCACCCCCGCUUCUCCCAAAGCUGAACCAGUCACCCCUCCGAGGAGAGGGGCAGGGAAGGUAUCCACAAAUACCCCGCGGGACAUUCCGGCUGCAAAGGUAUACUUGAACCCGACACCCCACCUCAUAGAUCCAAGUUCGGGCCCGGAUCGUUCUCUCGCGGAAUACUUUACUGGAAAGGAUGGCGGCGAGCCUGGUAGUAAUCCCAUAUACACCACCCUGGAAGAGCUUGGAUCCGUAGAAUCACAGCCGAUAAACAUCUUCUUCUCCGACACUGGGCCGGGAACGAAAACGUACUGGUGGGUGUCGGAAGACUCCAGUUGGAGGAUCGUGUACGACAAGACCCAGGAUAUAAACUUUAGUUCAAAACGACACAGCCCCAAUUCCUCCACAAACGCUGCGACGACAACCACCCCGUCCAGCCCCCAGGAGGGUAAAGGUUCACCAGAUAAUUCUUCACACAACCUCAUCUUUGGGAAACCGAGGGUUGAGGAGAAGGUCACGAAAAUGUUUCCGGAAGUUAAAGGUGGUUGUGUCACGGUACUCACUAUUUCCCUCCCACCCACACACCCCCCCGGUAAAGAAUCAAUCUAAUUCUAGUCUUGUAUUGAUAAAGCUAUACAUUGCCACCUCGGACGAGCCAAUCGCCCAGGUUCACCUCCUCACAGGGCAGAUGUGGAUCCUGAAGCAUCUCAUGCUGGAAACUAUAGAUAUUGCCAUAACCGUGAUCUUCUCCGUCGUCAAUCUGGAACGCCACAUUGAGGCUGAACACGAAGGGCACAAGAAACGGCCCAGCCGCUUCCAUGGAAGCUCUGCUAGCUAUUGAAUGACAGAUAUAGGCAUGGUAAGUUGAUGACAAGUUUGAGUCAUCCUCCUGCAAUAUCAUCCGCUACCAAAGGCCUUGCUGAUUCACAAAUUGAUAGUACCCUCCCCACCCCCCGUUUUUUUCCUGCUUUUUUCCGGCCCCUUGGACUUGUACGGAGUGCUCGAAAUAGACAUUGGAAUCAUCUAUUCUG